AUGCGGCAAACAUUCCGCCUCCUGGCAAGCGUCCAGAAGGCGCGCUACCUUGAGCCCGGCACCCCGACAGGCCUCACAGGUCUCUGGACGCACAACAGCCCCCGGUCCGCACUGCUCUACCUUUACGGAAGCACUCUCGACAGGCUCAAGCAGAUGCCUGAGUCUUCCCUCUACCGCCAAUCGGUUGAAGCAGUGACCAAGCAUCGCCUCGCGCUCGUUGAGGCCGCCGUGCCGCCCGGCUACGAGGAGUGGAACGCCGAAAACAAGGACUUGUCCCAGAAGCUGGGUGGCAACCCUGAGCAGUUCCGUGUCGCCAGCGGGCGUCUCGACGGCAGUGAAGCCCGCAUUGUCAAGCUGGGUAACAAGACAUUUAUCGUCCGCAAGCAGCACGAGGAGGGUGAUAUCCGGCUUGAGGAGUGGGACGGCGAGGCUGAUGAGGGUCCUGGGUCUGAGGGCUUGAGGACGGAGGCUGAGAGGGCUGACCAGAAGGUGCUCGCCGAGCGCAAAGAUCUCAGAGCCGAGGAACCCUUGCAGUGGAAGGAGGAGCCGCAGCUGACGGCGGACCAGAUUGCCGAGCUGGAGAUCAAGAUCGGGGCGGGUCUCAUUGAGGAGGUUAUCCAGGUGGCUGAGGGCGAGCUUGGCCUAGUCGAUACUAUGGUCAGGUCCAAAGUUUGGGAAGAUCUGGAGGAGAAGCCUGCCGAAGGCCAGUGGACUGCAUUUGAGCGCAAGUCCUCUUAG